AUGCGGAGUACUCCGCUUAUGCUUGGGUUGGAAUUGAUGGCUGGGGAGUGGUAUCCCGAAGGUCCCCAGUUCUACACGAUUGACGAACUUCCCUUAUCGAGCGGGGAUACCUUCUACAUCAACAUCACUGCUACCUCGAAGACUACAGGUACUAUCUAUCUGGAGAACGAAACCAACGGAAUAUCCCAAUCUUUCAACUUUGAUGAGCCUAGUUAUCCCCUGACAGGCAGGUAUGCCGAAUGGAUUGUGGAGGAGUUUUCGGAAGACCCGGUCCCUUACUUUGGCUCUAUCAACUUCGCCUCCACUUGGGCUACAACUUGGGACGGGAAUGCGUUUGACGUCUCUUCCGCGUCCCUAGUCCAAGUUGAUGAUAAUCGUUUACAAGCAGCCAUAAACGGUUCUACUGGCCGCCCAUCGCUUUCUGAUCGCCAACCUAACGGUCGCAAGCUCGAUGAAUCGCAAGAAUCUGCCCUCUGCCGCUAUAUCGAUUUCUUCAAUUCGAUCUAUCUACAUCCUAAGCGCCCUGCAAUCGCUGCUGCUGCCAAUGCAAUCCUCGCUAGCUCCUACACGGCUGAUUCGAAGCCGCCUACUAUUGGUGAGCACUGGCUACAACGCUUUCUCCGCCGCUAUCCCAAGUAUCUCGUUCGUGGCCAGAGAGUUAUGGAUAUCGAGAGAAAGAAGUGCCUAGAUAGGCAGGUUGCAAGAGAGUGGUUCAAUUCCUAUAAGGAGACAAUUGCCCAAUACGGAAUUACUGCGGAUGAUAUUUAG